AUGAGGCUGCGGCCGGUUCUCCUCUCACUGACUCUCACGGUGUCUCUCGCUUAUUACAUCUACAUCCCGCUGCCGGACGCCAUCCAGGAGCCGUGGAGGCUGAUAAUGGUGGCCGCCGCCUUCAGGACAUCCAUGCAUCUGGCGUCUCUGAGGGAUUGGCUGGGCUGCGACGGUUAUUUCAAAUCUGUCAGGUGGCCCUCGGAGAGCUUGGAUGGCUCGGGCAAGGUGGGGGACAGCUCCGAGUCCGGGGGAGGGGUCGUGCCCGGAGUGAAGGUCAGCGACAUCACUUUCGCCGGCAUCCCGGUCAGAGUGUACGAGCCCCCGGCCGGAGGGGAGGGCCACCUGAGGAGAGGGCUGAUGUAUUUCUAUGGAGGAGACUGGGCCCUUGGUGGCACAGGUGAGUACGGACAUUACGAUGCCCUCAGCCGCACGGUGUCGGACGAGCUCAACACUGUUGUGGUCUCUGUUGUGUAUCGUCUUUUUCCGGAGGUGCACUUUCCCGUUCCAUAUUUAGACUGCCUCGCUGCUGCCAAACACUUCCUGUCCCGAGAGCUUCUGGCCAAGUAUGCAAUUGACCCCGAGCGCGUGGCCGUGUCAGGGGCUAGCACCGGAGGAAAUCUGGCUGCUGCCGUCGCUCAGGAGAUUUCCAAUGACGACACUGUGAGUGUGAAGUUCAGCCUCCAGGCUUUAAUCUACCCGGCGCUGCAAACCCUGGACUUCAACACACCUUCCUACAUGCAGAACCAGGGCAUACCCGUCCUCUACCGCCCCCUCAUGGUUCGGUUUUGGCUGCGGUACCUCGGCGCUGACCUCUCCCUGCAGCCCCAGUUGCUGGUGAACAACCACAGCUCCUCACACCACUCGGCCGUCAGCCCAGAGCUGAGGGCGCGGACAGACUGGACCGUGCUCCUGCCCCCGAAACACAAGAGGAACCACAGGCCUCUGGUGGUCGGUAAGGGUUCACCGGGGCUGGUGAAGGAGGUGCCGGGGCUGCUGGAUGCACGGGCGUCGCCGCUGCUGGCAGGACCAGAGGUUUUGGCCAAAUGCCCUCGGACGUACAUCCUCACGUGUGAACAUGAUGUGUUGAGGGACGACGGGCUCAUGUACGCUCGGCGCCUUCAGGACUCAGGGGUCACGGUUACCAACGACCACUAUGAGGACGGCUUCCACGGAUGCUUCAGCUUUAUAGUCUGGCCAGUGGAGUUCGAUGUGGGGAGGAGGGUUGUCAGGGGUUACCUCAACUGGCUGCAGAACAACUUAUGA